AUGAGUGAAUACGGGGGGCUAGGGAUUGUUCUUGAGGAACAGGAGGACCUAAAGAAACAUUCUACUGCUGACUGCAUCGUUAAGGGAAGUGUACAGUCGUCGUUCACCCACGGUAAUCUACGGCCACCGCCGCUGGCAACGCAAGCUCCACACGCGAUAACUCAUUCCCACCCGGCACAAUCUUCGUCGCCACAGCCACGUUUGAGCAUCUCGUCGCGACAUUCAAGCAACGCAAGUCUAUCCAACGUUUCCUACAAGUCGUCCACCGUUCCGGCUGCAGCUGCAGCCGGAAACGAAGCCGAAACGGAAAGUGACCAUGCCCUUAAAGAGGUGCUAUUGCCACCUUUGCCAGGCGCCGUGGAAGAUUUACGGUCUCCCCUGGAUCACAUGUAUUCACUUUCAAUGAGUGAAUCAGUUUCGACAAACAGUGAAAACAACAAUAAUGGCGGCAACGCCCGUCAUAAUCACCAUCAGCAUAACAACCACCACCAUAACCACCACCACCACCACCACCACGAUGAUGAUAGCUCAAACCAUAGUCUGUAUUCGCAAGAAUUUACCCCCAUUUACAAAAACAGCGAUCAUUCAAUCUCCAACUACGCGUUAGACUCCCCUACAUUUUUCAUAGACCAGCAACAGCAACAGCAACAACAACAACUGCAACAGCUGCAGGUGAAGCUUGCAGCGUUGAACUAUUUUCCAACAUUGACAAAUACCUCCACGGGCAAAAACACCGACUCAACAACAAGCUUGAUCCUUGGAUCUGGCGUGACAGCCUCACUCCUGCAACAGUCGCCCCUGAUUACCCCUUCAUCCACCCAGAAUCAACCAUCAUCUGAAAAAUCAAGUCCCUUGAAAAAACUAAAAAACUUGAAAAACGGUAUCAAAAAAUUGUCGUUGGGUUCUUCCAGUGGCAAUAGCAACACUAGCCAUCCAUCAAGUUCAAAUCCAACACCAACAAAUGCAAAGUUCCCCAAUUUGAAUCUCAGCUCCGUUGCAUCCAACCCUAGACCAAUUCUAAGUCCAAUCCAGACGGGCGACCGUAACAUGAAGCCAUUGGCAUCGAAAAACUCAGCCAUCAACUCUACUUCGCCCACAACGGGGCAAAACUCGGCCAACUUUUCCAAUCAAUCAAAAAAAAAUCAACACCAACACCAACACCAACCUCAUCAUCAGCCUCAACACUCUAGCUCGUCAUCGACUUCUACGAACUCUUCACUUACUUCUGUUCUUCGUGCAAAGAGAGUGCGUGCUUCUAGCCAAGGCAAUGCCUAUAACUCAUUUACUCCCAUAACUCCACCACCAUUGGUCUCCCUCCCACUUGCCUCGCCCAUCAUCACCAUUGGUGAAAGUUUACAGUCUACUAGAUCAGCUUUGGUGAACAAUAUCGAGCAAAGCUAUUUCGAUUGUCUUAAUUUAAGCAACAAUCCUACAACAGCUACGUCGCCAACUACCACCACUACAACAACAACAACAAGUUUUUCGUCAAAACAGGCGGCUGCCAACACUGGCAACAGCAUCAGUAAUAUCAAAAACCAACAACAGCCGUUGAUCAACUCAAUUGAAGAGUUCACCAAUCUCGACGACUUGCUCAAUUUCUCCGAUUUCCUCCACUUGCAAAAACAACAAAUGACUCAAGUCUAUGACAAGACCAGAGAAAGCUUGGAGUCGUCAGGCUGGUGUUCGCAAUAUGAAUUGGACAAUUUGAAAUUGCAACAAGAUAGCAGCGACGCCCAAAUCGACACGAUGAUUUUGAAAAUCGAAGAGAAACUUAAUCGAGACUUUGAAUACCUGGUUUUGAACAAUGACCAUAUGUUUAAGAACCCGCAUUGUCAAGAGGACUCUAGGCAGUUGGACGAUACCGUGAUUAGUCCAAGUUUAAAAGUGUUGGAAAGCCGUUGUUUCUCAUUUACUGAUUUUUGA